AUGUCUCCAAGAUUACAGAAAUGGGCUUUGUGUUUAGCCGGUUUUAAUUUUGACAUUAAUUAUAGGAGGGGUAACGAUCAAAUCAUUCCUGAUGGAUUAUCAAGGUUAAUUAAGGAAGAUAUCAUUUGUUUUAAUGUUAAUAAUGAUAUGAAGGAUGUAAGAAUAAUCAACAAUUUAGAAGUGAUUAAAGGAGAAACCAUUUUAGAUUCAAAAUUAAUCCAAGUUAAAAAAAUUGUGUUGGAAAAAGGUGAAAAUGAUAUGCUGAUUAAAGGUUACAAGGCAUUCGGAAAGUUGUUGAAUAUUAAGAAUGAUUGUAUUUUUAAGGGCGAACAAGUUAUUAUUCCUCAAAGGUUAAGAAAAAAGUUUCUUAGUGUGUUACAUGAGGGACAUAUUGGGCUGUAUAGGAUGUUAGAUACUAUGGAAAGUCAAAAAGAAUGUUAUAAUUGUGGAAAAUAUGGGCAUUUAAGUAGAGAAUGUAAUGCCAGAGUAAAUCCAGAAAUAUUACCGAAAAUAUGUAAAAGAUGUGGAAAUAAGGGACAUUACGCGGAAGAAUGUUACGUUCCGGCAUAUAAAUUAGUAAAUGGGAAACAAAAAAAUGUAAUUUCUUGUGAAAAUUGUGGGAAUUUGGGACAUACUAAAGAUAAAUGUUAUAAAAAUGAACAAGGUAUUUCCAAAGCGUUUCCAGCAGUGGAAUACGUAGGAAGUGAACAGAAAAAUACAUUUAAAAGAAAUAAUAGAGAAGAUAUAACUUGUUAUAAAUGUCGUAAUAUUGGGCAUUAUGCAAGGAAUUGUACAGUAGAAUGA